CAGAAAAGCAAUAGAAUUGGAGAAAUGAGUGUAUGCGGGCGACAAAAAGAAGAAGCACGGGAGAGGAUUUAAUGCUUUAUGCUCCCGUCUUACAAGCGAGUCAUCUGUUAUUCAACAUGGCGGUCACCCCCAGUGUCCCUGAGGGUCCGUUAUACUGCCCACUGCUGGAUCGGAUGAGAGAAGACCAUUUAAACAACAACACACAGGUCAACCUGGCUGUGGUUUGCAUCCAUGGCAUCUUCUCCGCCGUGGGGAUUCUAGAAAAUGCCUUAAUCAUUUGGGUUUUGGGAUUUCGCCUCAGGCAUCGAACCGUGGCCUCCAUUUGGAUGCUUAACCUCGCCAUGUCUGACUUCCUGGCCACGCUGACUCUUCCGCUCUUCACCUUCUACUUUUAUUCCUCCCACAGCUGGGAGCUUGGAUACCCACUCUGCAUAGUUCAAACUUCCAUCUUUUUCUUCAACAUGUUUGUUUCAGCCUUCCUGCUGGCAGCCAUUUCAUUGGACCGUCUGCUUCUAGUUUCCAAGCCAGUGUGGAGUAAGAAUCACAGGUCAGUGGCAGGAGCUUGGAAGGUGUGCGCGCUGGGCUGGCUGUGGGCAGCGUUAAAUACCCUACCUUACUCAAUAUUUCGUUCAGUGAUUGAGAAGGCUGAUAGGAGGAAUUUAUGCUACCAUAAUUUUGCUUUGUAUUUAUCCAGUAAGGAUUCAUUAGAAAUGGACUGUAAUGUGAGGCAGGGGGCAACAGCCAUCUCCAAGUUCCUGUUAGCUUUCUUCUUCCCUCUAGUGGUCAUUGCAGGGAGCUACAUCAAAAUUGCCCUCAGCCUGAGAAACAGACACAGAAGGAGAAAGCAGAGUACCGGGAGACUGGCUGAUACGCUGACUCUGCCUGGCUGUGAUGCACAUUCAGGAAUGGUUAAAACAAAUGACGUGACUUCUGGUUCUUCAUUUAAGUCCAAAUUAAACAACCUGUCUCCCGUCAUCUCCAGUCCAUCAUAUCAGAGCCUGUUUUCUCAAAGUUUCACCAAAAUGGUGACGUCUGUGAUUGCAGCAUUUGUACUGUGCUGGGCUCCUUAUCACAUCUUCUGCAUCCUAGAAAUGGUAGCCCAGUAUAAUGAAAAGAUCUUCAAAUUAGUGCAAGUGGGCCUUCCGGUGUCUGCAACGUUUGCUUUUCUGAAUCCAGUUUUGAACCCUGUCCUGUACGUCUUCAGCUGCCCCCACUUCUGCGUGAGAAUACGACAGAGUCUGGGAGCAGUGUUUGAUGGGCUUGUGGAGGAGGGCGGGGGGUUACUGACGACUCCGGCCAGGAACCUGCAAGCUUACAUUAAGCGGAGGAACAGUCGAGAUGUGAGCUUUGCACCGCCAGGGUCACCAAAGUCAUCAAAAUCUUCAUCCUAUCAGUCUCCUGGUGCAGAACUACCAUUGCCUGUACUCUCUAAAGACCUUAGAGACAGUCAAACAGAUCAAACAGGGAAAUAAGUGGAAAAUGGGAUGGUGACUAGCUAAAACAUCACUCUCUCCUUUGAGAUCAUACUUUUAUCAUGUAUAUCAUACUAUUCUCAUUGUGGUACUAAGGUUGAAUCCAAUUUUACAUUUUGUCUACAAAGGAUAAAAAGCUUGCUUAACAUUUUUCUUUUUUGUUUGCAUGAUGGCCUAUGUCCUAUUACAAUUUAGCAUAAAAAUAUCAAACAACCAUGCACACACCCAUACCUAAGGUAGUUUAACCAGUUAACUUGCAUGUUUUUGGACUGCGAGUGAGAAGGGAGAGAACCCGAGCCUGCAUUAAGAGAACAUGCAAAUUCCAUCUAGAAAGAGCCCAGACCAGGAUUGCAAUGCUGCUUACCACUGUUACUUCCAGCCACCAGAGGGCAGGACAGGACAGGACCGAUGACAUGAAUAGCAGUGAAGAGAAAGUAGGAUUAUGCUCUUCAGGUCCUGUUUUCCAGGAUCACUUCAAAUCUGAGCUGCUGAACGUCUGACCUGCUCUCUGAGUGAUUGCAUUUCAUCCUACCUGAUAUAAAUUUUUAUUAACCAUCUCAUCACCACCAAUGUAGUUAUGUGGCUUUUUCACACUGGUGGACACAGAGGCUUUUGUACAAUGUAGGUCACAGCAUGGGAUUAUCACAAAGGUAGUUCUAAUUUAGAUAGAAUAUUAGAGUGAAGAUUCGGAGAAUAAACACAAACCGGGAUUAGGCCUGGGUCAGCUUCUACGUUCCCAUGAGCCAUUCCCUUAAAACAAACUGUUGUUCUCUUCCUCCUCUCUGGAUUCAUAUUUCCUUCUAUAAAUUCAUUUUGAUAUUUGUUGGACUCAUAAUUACAGUUUAGUGGCUUUUUUUUGGAAAUCUGGUCAAUAUUAAUUAAGAGAAAGCUUUCACAAUUUUCUUUUUUCUUUAGUUUGAUGAGGCUAAGCUGAUUUGUCUCAAUCUUUAGGUAACAUUCACAGUCCACAGGUUGUGUUAGCCAACCUUCACACUUAUUGGCUCUCCUGGUGAAAAAAGAUUUAAAAUAAAAGCAUAUCUUAAUCAAUUAGAAUUCAACCUUUAAUUUAAAUAUAUUUAGUCAGUGGAGAAAUCAUUAAAAAGUUGGAAACAGCAGGAACCGUGACAAACAAACCUGGGUGAAGACUUGUAUUUGGCCACCACAUUGACAUCACAGAGGACACUAAAAUAACAACCUCCAAACUGGCCUUAAAGCAACCAAUAUGGGCACUGUACAUUCUCAUUGGUUGUUUGGGAGGCAUGUAAUAAAAAGUCUCCCCUUUUCUGCCAUCAGAAACUUAAACAUAAGACCAGAUCUGGAGUGAAACAAAUUUUAAGAAAAAUGUCUAAUGCCAGCUGUUGAGUGUAGGGAAAGAUCUGUCAUGCUGUGGGUCUGUUUCUCAUCCAACAGAGGUUUAUUGCCAAACCUUGUUAUGAAGAUUUGGCAAUAAAAGGCUAUUUUAAAUCAAACUUUCAUGAAAAUCCUUUGGUCUUCUAUAUUUAUCUAAAACAGAUGGCCCUUAGGUGUAAAAGUCCCCCUGAAUUGAAAGAGAUGAGCUGAAGAGAAGAGAGCAUAUGACACAGCGAGAAUCUUCAAAGCUGCCAACAGAUGUCGCACUAAUGUGCCAUUUGUUAUUUUCUUUUCCUCUAUCACUUUGCAAAAGUGCUCAAAAUUAACAUGUUGGGAUUUCUAAAGCUCCUAGUAAGAUCCUAGUGUAAGAUUCUGCUGAUUUGAACUAUUUUUUUCAGGCAUUUUGCACAUUUUCACCAGAGGCCCCACUAACUGAGAAGGCUGCUGUAUGAACCAAGAUUCAAUCCAUAAUUUUACAUCCAAAUCAAUGGUCCGAGCAUGUAUUUGUGUAAAAAAAAAGAGAGAGGUCAUGAUUGGAGUAACACAGAUGGAAUAAGACACCUAACUGCAUGUCUCAGGCGGAUUAGGGAAAGAUAAUAAAACAGCAGAAGAAAAGUGAGAACGUCUGAAUGCAGUAGAUGCUUAAACUGAUUCAACCAGAGAGAGAAAGAGCGAUAGAUUAUGUAAAGUGCUGUAAAAACAGCUGGUGCAGAUGAGAUAUGAGAAAAGUAGGAAAGAGAGGUUAGGCAGAAGGAGUGUUACUUAAAAGGGGUUUAGAGCUCGGCUGCCGUACUUAUAGCUGGCAGAUGCUGACAAGAGUAUUAGAGCUGAAUUACGUGGUCGUUAUUUAUCUUAAUCAUCAUGUAUUUAAGAAUACGCUCUUCCACACACACACACACACGCACACGCACACACGCAUACAUACAUUCAAAAGAGAGAAGCGGUAUUGUUGGAAGGCAUCCGUGAAUUAAAAUCCUGAGAGGAAGGUUAUGAUACAUUUCCAUUUAAGGUCAGAGCUUUCCAUACCUGAAUAUUCACAUGCCCCUCUAGGUUUUUUCUCUGAACAUAAUGAAAUUUUACAGCAUGAGUCAACUCCACCGUAGAACAAAUAAGGAUACUGUAAUAACAAUGCUUUCCUUUCUUUAGAUAAUGGCUGCAAAUGCAUUUAGUCAUUGUUAAUUUAUCCUUAUUUUAUGCAAUAGUCCUUAUGUCUGUUUGCUUUGAGAAAUUGUAAAGCAAAGUCAAAUUCCUUGUAUGUGCAGAUAAUUUAGGCCAAUAAAGCUGGUUCUGAUUGAGAUUCACCCCAGUCUGAAUUGUUGUAAAGCCUAAGAAACUUGUGAAACUUUGUGAAACUGCCCUGCAUUUAACACCAUCCAUCUUUCUGUUAAUUCUGACUUGCUUUCCUGUCUCUGCAGAAGAAAAGCCACAUGAUGCUGAUGCCACCAUGUCUCACAGUUGAAAUAAAGUAAUAAAUGUGAUGUGUCCUGUUAGUUUCCCAUCUCAAAUAGCUGACCUUUGUCUGCAGUGUUCAUGUCCAGUAACGUUCUUUACAAAACCUCUGAGGCCUUAACAAAUCUUCUUUAUUUAUCCCGAGAUGAAAUGGUGAACUCCAUUUACUGACUGGGUGAUUUCAGAAGAGAAUUUGUUUUAUUUAGGGAUUUCAGAAUAAAACACACUGAACAUA